AAAUGGAGAGAGACCCAAAAGUAAGAAGAAUAAAAGGGAGUAGUGUUUUGAGGUUGAAAUUCCUGAGAAAAAAUAAAAAAAAUUAAAAAAAAAAAAAGCGCAGAAGGAAAGUUAGAAAGAAAAUCGAAAAGAAAAUAACAUUAACUACAUAAUUCUAGCGAAACCCAACACAUCAUCAACAUCAACAACAACCAUCCGAGAUUGCUUUUCUCUAACCCCCAUCUUCCUUCUCUCCUUCACUCCUUUCCUCAGUUGUCUGUUUUCAGAUUUCGAUCACCGGCUGUACACACAAACUUCUCUUUUAUAAGCUGGGCUUUUCCAAAAUCUCUAUGUAGGUGAUUCUUGAUAUAGAAUGCUAUAUGGGUGUUGUAGAUCAUACCCAGAUCUUGUUUUCUUUUGAUCUAGCUGAAUAGCUGUGAAUUUUUGUGUGAAACUGAAGAGAGAGAAAUGAGAUUUCUCGCCAUUUGAAGAGGGUUUGAUUUGUUCUGCUUAAAUGAGAAGGAGAUUCAUUCAUUAGACUGGUACACCUUUGGAUUAUAUGGAACAUGCAUCUGGGUUUAUGACGGAGAAGAGGAUAAGAAGCUUAUUGUGGUGAUUAGAUGCUGAGUGUAUUGCGAACGUUGGGUCAAUUGGUUUUGCUGCAUCUGGGUUCAUGUGCUUUUGCUGAUAUUUUAUCCAUCCUUAAUCAUUGAUGAUGUGCCUUUUGCAUUGAAAAUUCUUUGAUCAGUGUCGUGUUUUUGUUUUCACUCGAAAAGUUUGUGGUUCAUUGAAGUUAUGAUCAAACAGAUACUUAAUAGGCUCCCACGGAAGCCAUCUAAGUCGGGUGAAAAUCGUGAUGGGGGAACCUCUACCUCUUCUUCGUAUGCUUCUACUAGUUCAAGAAGCAAUGAUCUAGCAAAUAAUCAGUCCAGGAACUCAAAUGCUGCAUCUCAUCCGGCUCUUAAUGCUACUUCAAAUUCAGGAGUGAAUCAUGGAAAUAAGCUCCCCCAAGCUCUAAAUGCAAGGGUAAAUGGGGAUUCAACAAUUUCUUCAUAUGAAGCUUUGCCUAGUUUUAGAGAUGUUCCAAACUCUGAGAAGCAGAACUUGUUCAUUAAAAAGCUGAACUUGUGCUGUUUUGUCUUUGACUUUACUGACCCAACAAAGAAUUUGAAAGAAAAGGACAUCAAGAGGCAGACUUUGGUGGAGCUUGUUGAUUAUGUUACUUCUGCAAAUGGGAAAUUCACAGAAACUGUCAUGCAAGAAAUGGUAAGGAUGGUAUCCAUAAAUUUGUUUAGGACACUCACUGCUCAACCUCGUGAGAACAAAGUUUUAGAAGCUUUUGAUUUAGAAGAAGAGGAGCCUGUGAUGGACCCAUCAUGGCCUCACUUGCAAAUUGUGUAUGAAUUCCUUCUCAGGUUUGUGGCAUCACCUGAGACGGAUGCAAAAUUGGCGAAGCGGUAUGUUGAUCACUCUUUUGUUCUGAGGUUGUUAGAUCUCUUUGAUUCAGAGGAUCCAAGAGAGAGGGACUACCUGAAAACUGUUCUGCACCGUAUAUAUGGCAAGUUUAUGGUGCACCGCCCAUUCAUUAGAAAAGCAAUCAACAACAUUUUCUUUCAUUUUAUUUUUGAAACUGAGAAGCAUAAUGGAAUCGCAGAGCUGUUAGAAAUUUUGGGCAGUAUAAUCAAUGGGUUUGCUUUGCCUCUGAAAGAAGAGCACAAACUCUUUCUUGUUCGAGCAUUGAUUCCACUUCACAAACCAAAAUGCAUACCCAUGUACCAUCAGCAGUUAUCUUACUGCAUCACACAAUUUGUGGAGAAAGACUGCAAACUUGCUGAUACUGUUAUAAGGGGUUUAUUAAAGUAUUGGCCGGUCACAAAUAGUUCAAAGGAGGUCAUGUUUUUAGGUGAGCUGGAGGAGGUCUUAGAAGCAACUCAGCCUCCAGAGUUCCAGCGUUGUAUGGUACCUUUGUUUCGCCAGGUUGCUCGUUGCUUGAGCAGUUCACACUUUCAGGUGGCAGAGAGAGCUUUGUUCUUAUGGAACAAUGAUCACAUUGAAAACCUAAUCAAGCAAAACCGCAAGGUUAUACUGCCAAUUAUCUUCCCUGCCUUGGAGAGAAAUGCAAGAAACCACUGGAAUCAGGCAGUACAGAGCUUAACAUUAAAUGUCCGCAAAAUCUUCUCCGACAUUGAUCCUGAGCUCUUUGAGGAGUGCUCGCUGAAGUUUCAGGAAGAUGAAGCCCGAGAACAAGAUGUUAAGUUGAAACGCGAAGCCACAUGGAAACGCUUAGAAGAGAUUGCUGCAAUGAAAGCUGCAAGUAACGAACCAGUGCUUGUGCCGCGAAAGAUGCCUCACACCCUGUCUGGCUAGAGAGAUCAGAGACGAAAGAAUGGUUAUCAUGAUUUAAAAGGUGUCUAUCACCAGGUGGUGUUUGUUCAUUCUGGAAUUUUUUGUUUAUCAGGUCACGCAAGGUGAAAGUACACCAAUGUCAGGGUACGAACUCGCCCAAUUCGGAUUAGAGGGGAGGCCUGUAUAUAUGGAAUUGGUUGACAAAGUAAAUUGGUUUCAUGUUGCUGCUUUGCACACCCCUAGGGAGAAUAUUUGGUUAGUGAAUUUGGCCAUUUUGUAUUUAGUGUUUAAAAGGGUGACAUGGAUACAGCUUCAUUUUGCAGAUUUUGAAUUUGGUUUAAUUAAUGUACUAUUGAUUUUGAAUUAUC